AAAAUGCUUAGAUGCCGGUACGAAACAAAUUAUCGGAGGAUUAGAAUGAAAUAAUUCAUCGAAAAGCAGCAAAGUAUGGAGAUGAACUGGAUUCACCACCUCCUCGCACAGCCUAUACACGAGAGAGCUGGAAAGAAGAUUUUUGGAGUUGCAUAUUUUCUCAGAUACUUGUCCAUCGAAAGAACUCGAGGAACUCCAACAGAAAAAGAAGGGGACUUGCUACACAAUGAAAAUUAUUAAUUUUGAAAUGCAUUGUUAAAUUUUUUGUUAAAUUUUUUUAAGAUUUUCAAUUUAAUAAAAUUAAAUUUAUA